UCGGGUGCACAUUGUGAAAGACAUAAAACGUCAGCGGCGAUUUCCUCUUUGUGGAAAGAGUUCUAUUAAACAGAAAUAUCUACAGCAGAGACCAACAUUUUGCAGAAACUGAGUGUGAGGCCAUGGCUGGACCUGUCAGCUUGGAGUUGGACCCCCUUUUUUUAAAGGCUCUGGGUUAUUUGCACUCCAAGAACAAAGAUUCAGCAGAGAAACUCAAAGCUUUACUCGAUGAGUCCCUUGCGAGAGGAGGUGACUCCUCCUACCGCUCAUUACAAAAAGACUUGGAAAUGCCAAAAAGUUCUGUGUCCAAACUGAGCCUGACUAAGCAAGACUCAAAGUCUUUGAGCACUCCAUCUUCCAGCAACAGUGGAAGUUCCAAAUCCAGUUCAGAGAAGAGCAAGAAAGAAGCAGAGAAGAGGCCAUCAGAGAAGAUACGGGUGGAGUUGUCUGAAGUGGAUCCUCCAAAAAAGUCCCGCUUGGAGAAACCGGACAAUCGCUCGUCCCCUAUAACUGUUCAGACGAGCAAGGACCUCAUGCCCAACAUACACGACUACGAUGAAACUAAUGCUGACGACUUUGCCAUGGAAAUGGGACUGGCUUGUGUGGUUUGCAGACAAAUGACGGUGACCAUGGGAAACCAGUUGGUGGAGUGUCAGGAGUGUCAUAAUCUGUACCACCAGGACUGCCACAAGCCCCAAGUGACAGACAAAGAGGUCAACGACCCCCGCCUUGUGUGGUACUGUGCUCGUUGUACCAGGCAAAUGAAACGCAUGGCGCAGAAACCUCCACAAAAACCGUCUCCUGCAUCUGCAUCAUCAGUGCCUGUGGUGAAAGACACGCUGGUGAAGAAAACGGAGGGCAAGCUUAAGAUUGACACAGCCAACACCUUCCAAGCCUUCAAAAGGACAGAGGUGAAGCCACCUGUCACAUUGGCGAGUUCCACUAUUUCAACAUCCUCCUCCUCUAGCAGCGGUCUGACAGGCUGGGCUGCAUUUGGCGCCAAAACAAACCCCUCUCUUCCCGCUAGCUCCAAACUAGCUUCCUCUGGCGCGAGCGGGAGCAGCAAGACCUUGACAGCUCCUAGUCAGAAACCUGUCGGGUUGUCAGGGCUCGCUGGAGCCAAGUCAGGACUUGCAGGAGGAAAAGUCGUUGGAAACAACAAUGGAAAUGGCUCCAGCCAGGUAACUCUCAAGCCUCCUCCACCUCUGACUUUGGGGAAGCAGCCAGUCAGUCGCUCGUCGAGCACAGAAAACCCGGGGAAAGUGUCCUCGCCAUCUGGGGCAGGCUCUCCGAGCAACGCCCAAACAGGCUCCAGUGGCAGCAAUAAUGGAGGAGGUAAUGGAAACAACGGUAAUGGACAUAAAGGCGCUCCAGGAGACAAAGCACCAACCUCUCAAGAAUCCCAACUAAACGCCAUGAAACGGCUGCAAAUGGUCAAGAAGAAAGCAGCACAGAAAAAGAUGAAGAAAUAAGUGGAUGCAUAGAGAAAAGAUGAAAGGAACAUACAGGAAAUUAGUGAAUUCAUUGCCAGAACUUUGCAAAAACUUGAGGAGCUGCACAUGGAGCAUACUUGAAGCUAACUUUGUAGAAAAAUGUCACUUCAUCAUUAGAUCUGAUCCCUUAAAAAUGCUCCUUUUUACCUAUAAUGUCAUUAAAUCUCCUGUUCUUAUAAAAUUA